AUGGUUGACGGUAGAUACGCAUUAGUAUAUAUUAAUUCCACGGGUUUCGAUGUCGAUUCUAUUUUUCCACAAGAAGCAAUUUACGUAUUAAUCUUAGAGUACGACCAAAAAACUGAACGAGAACCAGCUGUUCUCUAUCAUAAAAUCCAAGGAUUUAAAAUUAUUAGGAUUAGUUGCGACGUUUUUAAUGUAGGAGUUGGACAAUUUUGUGUAGUAACAGGCGAAAAUGAAAAUGAAUCGUUCAAAAAACCGAUUUAUAUAAAGUUUAAUUUUCUUUCAUGCGGAACCGUAUAUGAUUUUAAACAAUUUCAUUUUCAAACGAAUCCAUCUGUUGAACAAUAUUUUGUUCAAAUAUUACCAUAUGGAGGUUAUUUAUUACGUGGAAUAGCAAAUGUUGAUGGUCAAAAUAUAUAUGAUGGUUAUGUUUUUAAUGAUUAUAAUGAAACUUAUCCUUGGAAUCUUUCUAUUAUCGAGUCAAGCUCAGAUGUUCUUAACAAAAUUUUGAGAAAUAAUACAUUUGUGCAUGUUCGACGCGAAGAAAAUCAAAGUUGGACUUUGGUUACCAAAGAAUUAUAUAAAUUUAAUGAGGAUCGAGAAUUCCUUCAAAUCAAAUAUUAUAAUAAAGUUGAACUAUCAUACGGUAACAUUACUAUAUUUCAAAGUGAUGGUAAUAUCCGUCAAAUCAUUUCAGGAAUCGACCAACAGUAUAUAUUUCAUAGUGAGGCUGGAGAUUUUACUACUAUUAAUAUCACAAUACUUAAAUCCACUUUCAAUCAGCCUGGUAGAAGAUACUACGUUUCAAUUGAUAAUGGUUUUGUUAAAGAUAAAAUUCAUCAAGAGCCUCUCUAUGGUAUAAAAGACCAGUUAUGGGCUUUUACUACAAUACAACAAGAAACUGGAAUAAGUUCAGAUGAAGUUAUGGGACAAGUUCGAUUGACUCCAGAGGGAACUUCUUAUUUUCUUUAUGAGGCCGAUCGUAAAGACUUUCUUACGAAACUAAUAAAAGAAUUGGCAGAUGCAAUUCCCGUCAGUCCUGAAUGCAUAACUACCAAUGAAGGGUUUGAAGUGGAUACUUCAGUUUCUCAAGAAUCUCAAAAGCAAAUCUUUUUAUCCAUUGACAUUAAAAAAAAUGAAACUGAAUUUGGAAGUUCUUUUAGUUUCUUAAGUGAUGAUUUAGAUAAUUUAAUUAUGAAUAAACGUAUCACCGUGAUCGCAUUAGGAGAAACUACAAGAUAUUUAGAUGAAAGUUAUGGAUAUAAAGCUCAUCCCAAUGUUUUGAAAGCCUAUGGAAUAACUCUCGUUGGAGCAUUUGUAGUCGCAAUAUUAUUGCUUGGAGUUUACUUAUAUGCAAAAAAUGAAAAUGAGGAUGCAAAAAAUACUGUAAUUUUUCAAAUUAGUAUUGUUAUUUUCGAUAUUAUCAUGGAUAUUACUUUUAUAAUCACAAAGGCCAAAAAUGUUGAAGUAUUAUAUAUUCCAAGCAUUGUGUUUUUUAUAUUUCCAUUUACCAUAAGCAUGAUACUUGCAUUUAUAAUUAUUAAAAAAGAAGAACAAAGGAGAGAAUUUCUUGAAUGGUCACGUGAAAAUAGAAAAUUUGUAGAAUUAUUCACAUUAUUUGCAGGAUCUGAAAUUGGAAUGUUAUAUGUACUUGAAUCAAAAGUAAGGAUUGGAGGACUGAAUAUCUUUAAUGCUAAAUUUUCUAAAGAAGCAUUAAAGCGAAUAUAUUGGGCAUCUUGGUUUAAUAUCUUUUUUGAAGAUAUUCCUCAAUUUGUUAUACAG